GCCCCUACCAAGCUCCUGAAAAACCACUUCAGAUCCUACUCCUUGCUUUUACCCACAAGCUGCUUUGGCAAAAAUUCAGUCAGGCCUGACUCAGAGCUGCUGGUGGGAGUCCAAAAGGACAGGAAUGUCUUCUCUCUUCACUGGAAAAGUCCUGAUAAGGAACAACAGUGAUUGGGAUGAGGUGGACACAGAGCAGGAGCUGAGCAUCAAGCUGGACAACAAGGUGCUGUUGCUGUAUUUUGGGGCUGGGGAGUGCCCUGAGUGCCAGGCCUUUGCCCCCAUCCUCAAGGACUUCUUUGUGAAGCUCACGGACGAGUUCUACGUGAACAGGGCCUCACAGAUUGCACUGGUGUACAUCUCCCAGGACCAGACCCAAGAGCAACAGGAGUCAUUCCUCAGAGAUAUGCCCAGGAAGUGGUUGUUUCUGCCAUUCCAGGAUGAGCUGAAAAGAGACCUUGAGCAGAUGUUUGCUGUGGACCAUGUCCCCACAGUAGUAGUGCUGAAGCCUAGUGGCGAGGUGGUCACCAGGGAUGCUGUGGAGGAAAUCGUCCGGCUUGGGCCCGCCUGUUUCUGGAACUGGCAGGAGGCCUCCGAGGUCAUAGACCGAAACUUCCUAUUGGCUGAAGACUUUGACGACUUGCCAUCCAGGAGCUUCACUGACCCCAUCCGACGACUCAAAUAUAAGAUUGAGAAGGGCCUUGUCAACUCUGCAACUAUCCAGACCCUGCCUUCCCAUGUGCCCAUCUCUGCACCUUUAAAGUUGAGUAGGAAGGCAAAGCUUAGUUUACCUGAGAUGCCAUAUAGACUAGAAGCCUCGUAGAUGGAAUCGCUCCUCCUGAUGGUCCCUUGUCUUGAGCUCAAUGUGGAGUGCUUCCCUGGGCUGUCACUGUGGGGUGCCAUAACCCAUGCCCAUGUAGAGAGCAGAGAUGGUCACCCCUCAACCUCCAGUAAAAUGCUGCUUCUUGAUCCCUCCUCCCCUCCAGUCCAGGUCUUGGUUGCAUCCCCAUUUCCUGCCAGCCUCACCUGGACUUAUCCAGGGACAGGCCUCUCAUCUCCAAGCUGAUGCUCCGAGGCUUAGGAAGGGGCUUGGGCUUGGAGACUUUACCUUUCUUACACCAAACUGCAAAGCCACCUAUUUCCC